GUUUGAUGACGAGGCAGUCAGUUGCCCAGCAGUUGCUUUCGGUCAGACCGCAACUGAAAUCGAAAUCCGAGUUGCUGACGGGUUGCCCUUGGUUAGAAUGUUGUCUUAGAUGUUACAUUAAUGUAUUUUAUGACUAAAAUUAAAAACAGACUGCGUGUUCAAAGGUUCCAGUCACCAGAAGAAGCAGUUGACGCAUUCAAAAAUGCGGUUUUGGAUCUGCCAGCAAACGAGUGGAAUAAGUGCUUCAAAAAUUGGUUCGAGCACAUAGAUGUGUAUUAAUCUUCGUGGAGAC